AUGUCGGUCUCCACUACUGGAAUUCAAAUCACGAACAUGAUUUGUGAAGUCAAAUCAAUCACAGAGGCACUUAUUGCACAACAAGCAGGGGUUGCUGCUUUACUGGUCGUGUUGGAAAGAACACCUGUGACGACCAGUACUGUUCAUGGAAAUCCAAUACUCAUGGCUUCAAACAACACGAGUUGGAAUGUGAAUUAUCAAUUGUUGCAUGAAAUUAAAAAUCAAUUUCCAAAUACAGCUAUUAUUGCAAGAAUAAGGAAGGGACAUUUGGUUGAAGCACAAUUGUGUGAAGAAAUGGGAAUUAUGAUGAUCGAUGAAAGUGAUGAAAUGAAUGUUCAAGUGAGUGAAUCGUUUGUUGAAAAACGAAACACACAUUUAACAACUGCAAUGACUUCACCUCAAGUUAUUUCAACAUUCACAGAAACCGAUCAUCAUUCAUCCUACAUGUGUGCUUGCAGUGAUUUACCAGAAGCUUUGAAGAGAAUUCAUGAAGGAGCCAACAUGUUGAGAACGAGAGGAGAGUUUUGGUGUCCACAGAAAGGUGAAUCUUGUACUUCUUCGUUAUUGCUGAGCUGCGUCACACAAAUUAAGGAAAUAUCCAAAAGUGUGGACAAUAUUGUGAAUACGUUGAAUGAGGAACAAAUUGAGAGUUUGGCAUCAAGGGAGGAAAUUCCGAAAAGUCUACUCCUCUCCAUGAGACAACAACAACAAUUGUUAGUGCCAUUGUUUGCAUAUGGUGGUAUUUGUUGUCCGGCAGAUGUUGCUUUGGUCAUGCAAAUGCCCAAUGUGAGUGGUGUCAUUAUUGGAAAUGAAAUAUUCGGGUAUGACAACCCUCUCAAGUUAUUGCGUUGCAUGGUUCAGGCGGCUAGAUUGUACAAAAAUCCCUCUCUACUCUUGCAGUUAAGCUUGGAAUUUGGUUCACUCCAGAGUUCUGUCAGGCCAACCACGCCUCAAGCCGUUCAAGCCAAGAAAUUGUUGGAUGAAAAAGGAUCCUCGCAGCCAGCUCAACAAUUAACUGAGCAUCACAAGCCUAUCGAUAGUUCUCAUUUACGUGAAGAAUUGAGCAGUGUUGUCGCCAAUAAUGAUUUCAUGUAA